CUCUGCCCCCCUUCCCACCUCCUUCCUACCAGCCUAAAUAGGCCUCUCUAUAAAUGCGCAGCUCCCACGCCAUCUUCAAGCUGUCACUGCUUCCAAGAAGGAGAAAGGGAAAAGAAAAUAAAAACAUUGGCAAGGUGACGGAGAUGGCCGAGGUGGUGGUACCAGGGUCUGCCAUGGAUUUCGACUUCAACAGUUCACGAUCUUAUUCACCAUUCUUGAGCACUCCAUCUUCGCCUAGACGUUUCGGUGAACACUUCUACAGUGCUCCCACGAGUCCAACACGUGUCUCCAAGUUCUACAAAGACUUCGACGAGUUCUUGGUGAUGAAUGAUCGCUAUGAAAGAGAAGAGAGGGAAGAAAUAAGGCCAGGUGCACCCAAAUCAUCCAAGGUGAGGACCAUUAGGGAGGAGGAUGAUUUCGCGUUUGAUGUUGGUAAAGAAUUAGAGAGGGCUUCGCUCUCAGCUGAAGAACUCUUUGAUGGUGGCAAAAUCCGGCCUUUGAAGCCUCCGCCGAGGCUGCAACUUGGAGGAAAACUGGAUGCAUACACAACCCCAAACAGCCCGCUUUUGUCUCCCAAAUCGGCACUAUCACGAGGGAAGAAGACGAUUCUGGGGGCUUUUUCGCCUAGACUAAAGAAAGAGGAAGAGAAAACAGAGCAUAAAAGAGGAAGAGAAAGAACUCCAGCCUUGUUAUCUUCAAAUUCAGGCCGCAGAGCCACAAGGUCACUCUCUCCUUUCAGGGCUUCCGAGUCUGCAUCGGAAGAAGAAGAAGAAGAAGAAGAAGAAAACACCAGACAACUGCAGGUGAAUUCAAAGACUGCGUUUUCAUCUACUACUUCGUCUUCGUCGUCCUCUUCAAAGAGUUCUAAGAAAUGGAGUCUGAAGGACUUUCUGUUGUUCCGGAGCGCAUCAGAAGGGCGAGCAACAGACAGAGAUCCUCUCCAGAAGUACUCACCCUUGUACAAGAAGCAUGAAGACAAGAACUCGAGCAUCCGGUCCACUGAAAGCUCCCGUUCAGCGACAACAAGCUCGAGAAGGGGACCAGUUUCGGCUCACGAGUUGCAUUACACCAAGAACAAAGCGGUGUCAGAUGACUUGAAGAAGAAAACGUUCUUGCCAUACAAACAGGGGCUUCUGGGAAGACUGGCCUUCAAUCCGGCCGUCCAUGCUCUGGCUAAUGGCUUUGGCUCACUUGCACGUUCAUGAAUCUAGAUAGAUUCUUGAGAAAAAUCUCUAUUUUUUUGUUGAUGUAAAAACAGUUGUUUAAUUCCAACAAGUGUAGAAUCUCAUACGAAGAAAGCAAUUUGUGGUUCAUAUUAA